AUGGCCGAAAGCGCAGCGAAGAGAUUGAAGACCUCGGACGGCGGUAGCGGCGUCAGGAUAGGUACGCACAACGGCCACUUCCACGCCGACGAGGCCCUCGCCGUCUACAUGCUGCGCUUGCUACCCACCUACGCCGACUCCUCACUCGUCCGCACGCGCGACCCGGCCCUGCUGGAGACGUGCCACACCGUCGUCGACGUGGGCGGCGAAUACGACCCCGCGCGCAACCGGUACGACCACCACCAGCGGACCUUCGACACCACGUUCCCGGGCCGGUCGACGAAGCUGUCGAGCGCGGGGCUCGUGUACCUGCACUUCGGCAAGUCGAUCAUCGCGCAGCAGCUGCGGCAGCCCGAGGACAGCGCCGAGGUGGGCGUGGUGUGGAACAAGAUGUACGAGUCGUUCGUCGAGGCGCUGGACGCCCACGACAACGGCAUCUCCGCCUACGACCCGAAGAAGCUCGAGGCCGCCGGCAUCGAGAAGGCCUUCAGCACCGGCGGCUUCACCCUCGGCUCCAUGGUCGCCCGCCUGAACCCCAACUGGAACGACCCGGCCCCCGCGGACCCGGCCCAGGCCCAGGCCGCCGAGGACGAGCGGUUCCUCGCGGCGAGCACGCGCAUCGGCGAGGAGUUCUCGCGCGACCUCGACUACUACACGCGGUCGUGGCUGCCGGCGCGCACUAUCGUGCAGGACGCGUACAAGAAGCGGUUCGAGUUCGACCCCGAGGGCCGCAUCAUGGUGUUCGAGGGCCAGUCCGUGCCGUGGAAGGACCACCUGUAUACCCUGGAGGAGGAGGAGGGAGAGUCCGCGAAGAAAGUCCUCUACGUCCUGUACCCGGAGAAGCCCGCGCCCGAUGCCAAGUGGCGCGUACAAUGCGUGCCCGUAUCCGACGGCUCGUUCCAGAGCCGGAAACCCCUGCCCGAGCCGUGGCGGGGCGCGCGUGACGAGCAGUUGGAUGAGGUCUCUGGGGUUCCGGGUGGUGUGUUCGUGCACGCGUCAGGGUUUAUCGGAGGAAACAAGACCUUUGAUGGCGCGAAGGCGUUGGCAGAAAAGGCAUGCGCAUUUUAA